AUCGAGGGGAGAUACCUGGUCUUCCACUUAAACCAUGACUCGGUAGUCACGACCCGAUUAAACACCGGCCUUAAUCAGUGUGUGCCACCGAGAGUACCGUAGGUACCUACGGUACCGUAGGUACGUCGUACUCGGAUCUACUACUGCGGUAGUAUACUUGUGGGGAAGCCUGGGAAGCCAGCUGAAGCCUGGGAAGCCUGCUGGGCCGGACGACUGCGCAACACACGCAACACGUCGACGGAAAGAGCACACGGCGUACCGCUGUGACAGCCGCCGCCCUUUACUACUAGUAGUGAAAUGCCAUGACCGUGACGCGUCCUUGCCCGCAGGACGCUCCGGUCCACAGGUCCCCAGAGCCUGAGGGGGCUCCCUUACAGUUCGUCUGGGAACGCCAAUAUCGUGUAAAACCUGUAAUGGGGUCGCCCGGCGGGCCCGGGCCCCGGGCCGGCCCGGGGCCGGCCGCCCCCCAGGAGAGGCCUCCAGACGGAGGGCUAUAGAGGGAUCGAUCUGGACCGGCUGGGCUUGCCGAGACUCGGAACCCGAAGAACUUUGCCAAGCCAGGGUGGCUCGUCGGUUGAAUAUGAUAUUCUCGGCUGCCAUGCAAAGUUUUCAAGUUCAACUUGAAGUUGUCACGGUGCAGCCUGAGCGUGGGCAGCCGGCGUCGCCGCGGCCGCGGCGGCCGGAUGGAAUUCAGAGUCGGUUCAAUUUGCGGCGUCGUUGAACUUGAAAUGUACUAACCCUAUCAUGAUGCCGCUACUUCAAGUUCAAGUUCAAGUUCACUGGCACACCCCGGCUUCUAUAGCUUAUAUCGUAGCCAAAGUAGCCCUUGGCAGUGAGGCCCAGGGAUGCCAGUGGGCCCGGGGUCGACAGAAGGGCACUGGCACCGCCGGGUCCGUUAAACCACCGGCGAUGUACUAGUACCGGACCUAGCUCUAUAGGUUUGUAUGCUGGGGCUCGUCGUAGGCUUGCGAGGUGAAACUUUGGAGCUCCGCAAAUAGCUACGUGACUGCACGCAGUGCGGCCAAUCGAGCCAGAUCGUGUUUAAAUCGAUCUUGUACGACUCAGGGGGUGUCAGUCGCAAUCGAUGCUUGUUGUCGACAUGUCGACGGUUCCGAAAAAAUUUGUAAUAAAGUACGCGACCGCUACUGUUCUGCUAUUCACUCAGCCCGUAAAUCUCAGGCCUUUUCGCGCUCAUUGUCAAAUGGAUAAGGAGCAAGCCCAAAAUAUUUGGAAAUCGUUGUCUUCAGCAGUGACUGAAAUCUACAACAAAAAUGCUUCAUUGCUGUCUUUCGAAGAGUUGUACAGGUGAGUAUUCUGGCACACUUCUCUUACUGACGUUAUAUGAUAGGAAUGCUUACAAUCUGGUCCUACACAAGCACGGGGAUAUGCUAUAUGAAGGCGUGCAAGACACAGUUUAUACACGCUUGCGCUCGGUAUGUCUGUUUACGUCAGGAAACAUAAGUAAGUGUAUGUUUGAUUGGCAGGUGGCUGAACAAGUAGCUGUCUGCCCCGAUAAUCAGCUUUUACAGGAGGUAUGCGAGCAGUGGAAACAGCAUCAAGUCACAAUGAUAAUGGUGAGAGAUAUAUUGAUGUACAUGGACAGAACGCUUGGCUCCGUGUCUUCUCAACUCCUCCAUAACCAAUAUCUUAGGUACGUACCACAAAACAAAAAAAUGGCAGUGUAUGAUCUGGGGCUAUGGGCCUUCCGAGAGACCAUAGCCCGGCAUGGCCAAGUGCGAGACCGACUAAGGAAGCUACUUUUGGAAAAUAUACGUGAUGAACGACUCGGCCGCCUGAUCGAUCAUAAUUGCAUGAAAUGUGCACUUUAUAUGCUUAGUGAACUAGGUAUAGACAGUAGUAAUGUCUAUGAAGAGGAAUUCGAAGUUUAUUUUCUCAAAGAAACAUGUCAAUUUUAUCGAAGUGAAUCUCACCUUUUUCUAUCUCAAAACACAUGCCCUGACUAUCUCAAAAAGGUGGAGUCUAGAAUAUGCGAAGAGAUGCAAAGGGUACCAAAUUACUUGCACGCCAAUACAAGACCGAAGCUCCGUCAUAUUGUGGAGACCGAACUCAUCUCUGCACAUACUCCAGCCCUGAUUGAAUCUAAGAAGUCUGGGUUUUGUGAUCUUCUGAGGCAGAGUGAAGAAAAAAUGGCUGAUAUCACACGAAUGUAUGCUCUGUGUUUUCAAGUCCCAGCAACCCUGGAUCUGCUGCGGUCUGCUCUUCAUGAGCAUGUCAGAGCAGCAGGGCAGCUUCUGUUGAAUGACGAGAUGAAAGAUCCCGUCGUUCUUUUACGCAGCCUGCUUGCACUUCGCGAAAAGUAUGAUAAUGUGGUGCGAAACGCCUUUCGGGGCGAAAACAUUGCCCAAAAGAAGGUAAAAGAAGCUUUCGAGUCUGUUAUCAAUGCGGACACUCGCUGCGCGUCUUCUCUCGUGGCUUAUAUAGAUGAGCUCAUGAGGUCUGGGUUGAAGGGUGCUGCAGAGGGAGAAGUGGAAUGUGAGUUGGAAAAGGUUAUUAUAAUUUUUCGCUACCUUCACGAUAAAGAUGUUUUUGAAGUACUCUAUAAGCAGUAUCUCGCAAAGAGGCUUCUUAAUCAGAGGUCAAUAUCUUCAGAAGCAGAGCGGCAAAUGCUUGUCAAGCUAAAACGCGAAUGUGGUUACCAGUACACCACAAAGCUUGAAGGGAUGAUUACGGACAUAAGAUUUUCGAGGGGGGCCAUGGAAAAAUAUAAUACCCAUCGGGAUGAAAAAAAAAUGAAUGAAGUGGAUGUAAAGACAGCACGUGCUGCUUCGUGUGAUAUAGACGUAACAAUGCUUACUGCCGGGUACUGGCCAAUUCAUCCUGCAAUUCCGUGCGUCGUUCCAGAUGUUGCCGCCUCCGCUUCUGAAAGUUUUAAAAAUUUCUACCUAAAACAGCACACUGGCCGCAAACUGACUUGGCUCACAAGCUCCGGAACAGCUGAACUAAAAGCCAUUUUCUCGGACGUAGCAAAGCACGAACUUACAGUUUCCACCUAUCAAAUGUGCAUCCUUAUUCUCUUCAAUGCACUAGAUUUUGGUGAAGAGCUUACUAUGCAAAGUAUUACAGAUGCAACCAAGAUUCCACACAACGACCUCAGGCGCCAUCUCAUAUCUCUCUGCACUCCAAAAUACCGAAUUCUUCUGAAAAGAUCGAAGGGGAAAGGAUUUUCUAGUAAUGACAAACUCAGGGUAAAUAACUCAUUCGCAUCCAAGCUCAGGCGGGUCCGUGUGCCCCUGGUUGCCAUGAAAGAGUUAAGUACCCACCCAAAUUCAAGUCAUAGUGUCCCUGCAGCCAUAGAGGAAGACCGUCGUCAUCUCUGCGAAGCCACUGUAGUUCGCAUCAUGAAAGCCCGCAAGCAAGCCCAACACAACGACCUAAUUGCAGAGGUUAAUUACUUUAUAUGAAACUUUGUAGAGAUAUUACGCACCCAUUAGGUUACACGUCAACUCAGUCAACGAUUUCACCCUCAACCUCAAUUUAUUAAAAAGUGCAUUGAAUCGCUUCUCGAGCGUGAGUACCUUGAACGCAAUGCGAGUGAUGCGCGUCUCUAUGUUUACUUGGCCUAAGCGAACAGGCCUGGGCCCUGACAGAACAAAGAUUUUGCACGGUCGAUUUUGGAGCCUAGUCGACGCCGAGUGUUAAAUGUGUGGGUGUCGCGCAAACGGCUAAGUGGCGAGUGUGAAAUGUGUGGAAACUCAGGGUAGGAAUUGCGAAGCAUUAGUUACGGUGCCGGACGACUACUAAAAGUAUGUCUGGCCUACGCGCACCAAAAAGGAAAAGGACACCUGAGGCCGCGAUAUACGCCGGAGGCCGCAAUUUGCGUUGAGGCACAGGAAAAGAAGUAGGAAAAGGAAACCCAAUUCAAACGUUUUACGAUGACGUUAAUAAUAGCGUUUUGUGCGGGGGUGAACUAGUGGAGAGAGGUCACUUUCAAGUUUGGCGCGACGCAGUCGCGGAUUACCCACUGGGGUCUCCCAUGGGGGCCCCUAGGUUGGCAUUUACCCGAGGGGUGAUUAACCCCAAUCGUGGCCCGGGGUCAGUAACCCGGGUAAUUACCCGU